UGGGAAGGGACCCGAGGGUCAUCCAGUGUGACCCGCUGCUCGUCGCACGUGUGAAAAGGACCUCGGGGUUUGGGGGAACCAUGAGUGUCACCUCACUGGAUUCCAGGCUUCUCUCUUGAGAUCCCUGCCUCCGCGAAUUGUCCGUUUCCAGGAAUCUCCAUCCGACUACCCGACCUCCGAGGAAGUAGAGGAAGAAAGGUUCAACCUUGCUGGCAUCCCAGACUCAGGUAGAGACAGAGGAAAGGAUUCUUCCCUCCCCGCAUCCUGGAAUCCUGUCUUCUCCCGCUGCUGGAGAUGCAAUGCCAGAGGAAAGCUGGGAUGCUAUGGAAUGGGGACUGCCGCCUUCCGAGGCCUUCCGACAGGUGACGAUCCAGCGCCACCUGGACGGAGGGUUCGGCUUUGUGGCUGGCGGCGAGAAGCCUGUGGUGGUGCGUUCGGUGGUGGCAGGCGGACCCUCGGAAGACAAACUCUUUCCCGGGGACCAGAUCUGGGCCAUCGGUGAUGAAGAUGUGAGUGAUGUCGCCCGGGAGAGAUUCAUCGAAAUUGUAAGACGCACCAAGGAGUCCACCGUCUUCACCGUGCUGCCAACCCAUCAGUCACCCAAGUCGGCCUUCAUCAGUGCCGCGAAGAAGGCCAAACUGAGGUCCAACCCUGCCAAGGUGCGCUUCUCAGAGCCAGAGCCGGAGAUGCUGAAGAAGGAAGCCCUGCUCCUCAUCCCCAACGUCCUGAAGGUUUUCCUUGAAAACGGGCAGGUCAAGUCCUUCACCUUUGACAGCCGCACUACCGUCAAGGACGUGAUGACAACCCUCCAGGAUCGCCUUUCCCUGCGGCGGAUCGAGCAUUUUUCCCUCGUCUUGGAAUACCGCAGUCCUGAGCGGAGCCACCAGUUUCUCCUCCUCCAGGAGAAGCAGCCUUUGGCCCAUGUCGUUCAACGGACCCACUACCAAGGCAUGCGGUGCCUUUUUCGGGUUAGCUUCUACCCCAAAGACCCCGCUGAGCUGUUGCGGCGAGACGCCGCCGCCUUCGAAUAUCUCUACAUCCAGAGUCGCAAUGAUGUCAUCCGGGAGCGGUUUGGCGCCGACCCCGAUCCGGAGUCGCUCCUGGUCCUGACGGCGCUCCACAUCUACAUCACGGUCUCUGCUACCCGUCCCAGCCACAAGGUGGCACUCAGAAAAGUCGAGAAGGAGUGGGGUCUGGAGCCCUUCUUGCCUCCCUCUCUGUUGCCGGCCACCAAGGACAAGCUCCUGCGCCGGUCACUCUCCCAGCAGCUGAAGGCGCACCAGCGGCGCGGCACCCAGGUCUCCCCCACCCGGGCCAAGCUCCAGUACCUGCGCCUCCUCGACCGGCUGCCCACCUUCUCCGGUGUCAUCUUCCAGACCGUCGGGAUGGACGGCCAGGAUGCGGCUCCCACCCUCCUGGUGGGCCCCCGCCACGGCGUGAGCCAUGUCAUUGACCUCCGAACCAACCUGACAACGGUCCUGUGCGAAUUCAGCCAGAUCAGCAGAGUCCAACUCUUCCGGGAGAAUCCGGGUGUGGCAAGGGUGGAAACCGGCAUUGUGGAUGCCAAGCCUCUGGUGCUUCUGAUGGAGUGGCCAGAAGCCACCAAUUUCGCUGGCCUCAUUUCCGGCUAUUGCCACCUACUGGCCAACUCCAGGAGGACACUUUUCCCGGUCGCACCGCCUCCCAUGACCAAGGCAGGCAGAGAGAAGGAGGCCGGGAACCGUAGCACCAGCGGCAACCGCCAUGCUACGCCACCGGAGCUACUGCGCCGCCGCCACCCCAACCUCAACCAGAACCGGAUCUUCGGAAAUGGGGAAACCCGGCCCAGGACCAAGUCGGACCCGGUGCUGAAACUCCCAGGCGCUGAGGGUGAGGGCUGCGGCACUAGGCGCGCCCGAGCCCGCUCGGUGGACGGUCCUGGACGGAGCCUGGGCCGCGCCGGCCUGGACCUGAUGGCACUGCCACCGCCGGGCAGCGAGGGCGAUGAGGAUGACCCUAGCGCCGCCCUGGCCAUUGCGGCGCCACCGCCUGGCUUUGGGGACAACAGCUCCGAUGAGGAUGACGCCCUGCGCCCGCGGGCGGCACCAAGUGAGGACCCCGGAUGCCAGCUGCCGGUGACCUUCGUCGAGGCGGCUGCACCGGGGUUCCGGACAGUCCGGGAACAUGCCCAGGAUCUCGACGAGGCGCUGGUGUCUACCCUGCAGGCCCUGGAAGCCCUGGCGGAGGCGGAGGAUGGGCCGCCAGCGCCAGCCACAGGUCUCAUUGUCCUGGCAGCCCUCGACCCCGACUCCAGCCGCGACACCGCCGCUUCCCCGAAUGCUACCUAUUUUCUGGCGCAGCGGGUCGACCCAGAUGGCUUCCUGGCCCGGAAGGAGCUAGCUUUCCGCUUGCGAGGCUGCAGGGCACCCACUUCACAGGUCAAGAGCGGGAGGUCCUCACCGGCGCAAAUCGCUGAGGCCGAACCAAGUCCCAGCAUGCAGCCUUGCCCCUCGAACUCCGAACCCGAGUGUCCCCAGAAGGACGCAGAGAGUUGCCAGACUCCGACAGAGAGGAUCCGGAGAGAUACUACGGUUCCGCCGCCCUGGGAAGCACCUGAUCUUGAACCCGAGGCGCCAAACGGAGAGGAUACAGAGAUCCCGGCACAGCCACGGGCGCCCCGGCCAGCAUUCCGCUUCCGGAAGCUCUUUUCGGCGACCUUCCCAGCACGGCUGAAACGGGAGACGGACGAGCGCCGGGCGCAGCUCCGGAAAGUGAAGCAGUUCGAACUGGAAUUCCUGGAGCAGCUCCUGAAAGGUCCAGUGCCGGGGGGCUGUGAUUGCCCGGCAGGCGCCAACCCUGUGCCGACAGCACCCAGCAUGUCGUGGUGCAACUGCCGAGGGAGGGAGAGUUGUCCGCCGCAGGUGGUGCAAGGAUUCCCGAGUCGCCGGGUGCGCUCAGCCAGCCCAAAGCCGAGAGAUGCGGAAAAGAGCACCUCCUGCCUGGGGAGCGAGUGUGUGGCGGCAGAAGCACCACGCUAUGAGAAGCUGCGGCGGCACACCAGUGGGGAAGGGGCCGUUGCAGAAGAGGGCGAUCCGGCACCGCGUUUCCCGGAGGAUGUGUGCCCGCGGCAACUGGCGCCAGGUGGAGAGGGCUGCUGCUCGGUGCGCUCCUGCUUCUCAGCGCGGGGAGGUGAUGACGAGGCUGACGAGCUGUGCUACUCAGCGCCGCCAAUCCCAGACGCCGCAGCCCGGACGCAGGAGAUUGACCUGCGGGCAGUGUCGGGCCUUGAGCGCAUCCGGGAGCUGCGCGGGCGGGAGUACGUCUUCCCCGGCGGGUUCUCAGCAGUGAGGCUCGAUGCCGAGCGGCUGCUGGACGCCCUGCAGCAAUGUGCAGCAGCAGCAGGGAACGGCGCGCCGGCGCCAGAUGAUGGACGGCGGGAGCUGGCACUGGCCUUUCGAGAACUGAGGGCCGCCUGCCGGCGGGUGGCAAGUGCCGAGAAGAGCCCGGCACGGCUGCUGCCGUCUGUUGCCGGGAGCUUCCGGGUGCUGGUGCGGUUGGCGGAGACGGCGGCGGUGGUGGGCAAAGAGGCGAGGCGGCGGGCACUGCUAGCCCAGGUGGAAGAGGUGGCGAGGAACUACGCUGUCCUGGCAAAGGCAGCGGAGGAGUCGGCAGCCAGGCAGGCGGGGGAGGAACUGGCGCUCCCAUUGAUAGCGCCGGUGGCAAAGUGAGGCCCGCCGAGAGGAAGUUCAGGGAAAUGUGACAAGGUUGCUGCUCUGCGGGGAAGGUGCCCUGGGCUCUGUUGGCGGGAGCCUGGUGGUCAUGUAGUCUAACCCCUCGGCUCUGAAAGUCAGGAUGCGGUCAGGUGACCUCGCCAACCGCAAGGAUUGGCACAGGACCAUCCCGUGGAGGGAGGGAGGA